AUGGAUCCCCACCCUGAGAUUCACGGGAAGCACGUGGCUCCGAUGUGCACCACUUGCUCGCAAGCAUGCGAGGGAAAGCAGGGCCGCUGGGUGUGCGUCAACUGUAACCGCCCCUAUGAGCAUAAUCAAGGGGAUCUCCAAAUGGUGACCCAGGAUAAGCCUACUACCUGUGGUAAUGGGGUAGUCCUCCAACCUCUUUCAGGAACGCAAGAGCCCGGUCAUCAAGCUCUCCCUCCCUGCCUCCCUCAGACGGCGGACGAGGAUGAGGGCCCCAAGGUUUGGGUCAGCCAGUCGAGUCAUGUUCAGACCAGGGGUGGCUCCGCGCCCACACUCUCUCAGGUGCAUGCCUUCCAAGGAAGCUGCGACAGUGUUGACUACGGACGGUGGGUUGUGGAUGAUGGUCUAGGUCAGGAAGGAGCUGAGCCAGACGAAACCUAUGAACCGAUGGCCCUCGAUAACGACGAUGAAGUACAUAAUGACGAGGCGUUUCGCUCUUGGAUCGAUGAAAGAACCAGACUGGGCAUGAAUGGAAGACAAAGUGACGUUGGCCACGUCUUGGAUCGAGUCGCCUUUCUUGGUCUGGAUCCAGACACUUCUUCGAUCGCACUCCAAGACGACAUGGUGCUUGAAAUUUCCGAUGACACAGAUAUGGAGGAGUGA